AUGGACUCCGAAGUUGGCACGCUGCACUGGUUAGCUCCUGAAUGUUUCACGGGUCAUUACACAGAAAAAGCCGAUGUCUUUUCCCUUGGCGUGCUGUUUUUUGUCAUCUUGGAACGGGAUUACGUAGGAAGCAACGGAAAAGUGUAUUAUGGUUUAUUCAAAAGUAUUGGAAAAGUUUGCCUCGGGUUUGUAAUGGCAAGGUACAAUCCAGGAACUGACGUAGCAUUUUCCAGACGCGCACAGGGCUCCAGGGAUAUGCAGAGGUUAGUCAUUGAGGCUUUACAGGACGAUCCUGAUGAUCGAGCGAGCGCUGACGAGCUACGG